AUGUCAGCACUGAUGGCGCUUAUUUUCAUCAAAUAUUUACCAGAAUGGACAGUGUGGACUGUUCUUGCCGUUAUUUCUAUUUGGGAUCUUAUCGCUGUACUUUGUCCAAAGGGACCAUUACGAAUACUUGUCGAAACUGCUCAGGAGCGAAAUGAACCGAUAUUUCCAGCACUUAUUUAUUCAUCUGGUCUGCUUUAUGCAUACACAUUGAUUGGCGCAGCUAUGAUGGAGGAUGAUACUGAAGAUAAUGAUACUUCAUGUGUUGCAGGAAACGCUCAAUCGAAUUCUGGUAAUCCUGGAAGCUCAGCCAGUUCAGCAGAAAAUUCACUGCCAUCAACGGCUGAGUUACUUCCAUCGAAUGGUGGUAAUGAAAAGCGAGGAUUUUCACAGGGAAAGAUCAUACGACGAUUUGCUCCGACGCGUGCUACCAGUGGUACAGAUCAGGGUGUUGCAAAUGCUGGCCUGAACACAGAAGAACAAAUAAACAAUAAUUUGAAAAAUGUUGGAAAAGAUCGGGCAUCACUCAAUGAGGUUGGUGAAAGUAGUAGAACACAAAGGAUAGCCGUUAGUAAUGUUGGAGCUGAUCCAGGUGGCCUGCAGAAUCCAAGAUUUCCUGAUGAAAAAGGCAUCAAGCUUGGUCUAGGUGAUUUUAUCUUCUACAGUGUGUUGGUUGGAAAAGCAAGUAGUUAUGGUGAUUGGAAUACAACAAUAGCUUGCUAUGUUGCAAUUCUUAUUGGUUUAUGUUUCACGCUGAUAUUGUUGGCUGUAUUCCGCAAAGCACUACCAGCUCUUCCGAUUUCAAUCUUUUGCGGACUAAUCUUUUACUUUUGUACACGUGGCAUUAUUACACCAUUUUGUACUAGUUUAAGCUUACGACAUUUAAUAUAUUAA